UGCAGCGAGAACAGCCAAAGGCAAAUCGUGACGUCAGCGCAUCUACCGGACUGCUCGGUUUCACGUUUUCCACCCUUUGACCACGGCAAUACCAAUCCUCGACUCGACCGCGCGACAGAAAUUGACAAGCGCGACGCCAGCGAGCCUAGCCAACGGGAUCGGGACUUUUGCGCACGUCUGGUUCAGGAAUGUUCGGACCCUGCCUGCCUCACCUUCCCCCCGGUUUCUCCCUGGCGACGGGUGUUCCUCCAUUGCCGCCAUGGGCCGGCGCACAUCUAUAUUCAACACCCUUCCGCGUUCUCUCGUUCAAACAUCCCGGUCGAAGACAUCAACAGAAGGACCUUCAAUACAACCUGCGGCCACGCGGUAAACAACUUUGAGAUCACUUGCGACAAUAGAGACACUCCCCGCUCGCUCGCAAUGGUGUCGGGAGAGAAAAAGGCCUCGACUGAGGACAGGAAACGACGAUCGGCGACGCACCCGCCCAAGACCUUUAGGGAACGCUUCCUCCACUCCCUGCCGUUCUACACGGGUCCCUAUGGAGUGGGGUUCCUCGAGAUCGAGGCGCCCGUUAGCCAGCCGCGUGUGGUUUCCGACCUCAGGCGCGACAACGUGCCGCUGCUCAGGCUCGACACCGUCUUAUUCGCCGUCUACUACCCGUGCGCCCUGAAGACCAAGACGGACGACCACGCUGCCCCCGAGCACGACUGCAAGGGGAAGGCAGGCGGGAACAGGAACAAGUCGCAACCCUCGCGGGUCGGAUGGCUCCCGCGCCCGCGCGUCCUCACCUGCAAGGGCUACGCCAAGUUCUUCAGCGUCCCGAACCUGCCGGUGACGGCCUAUAUCGCCGCCACUUCCAUGUUCACCAAGCUCCCGGCGUUGCGUAAUGCCAAGCUCGCAGGACACUGGCCGGAAGAAAUGCUGGGCGACGAGGGUCCCACUGGACGGACGGCACGGAACGAGGAGUCGAGCUCCGGCACGAGCCCGACGUUCCCCGUCAUCAUCUUCAGCCACGGUCUGGGGGGCUCCAGGAUGAGCUACAGCUCCAUCUGCGGCGAGCUGGCGAGCUACGGUUUCAUCGUCGUCGCGGUGGAGCACCGGGACGGGAGCGGCGCCAGAACCUAUGUUAACCUGCCCGAGAAUCGCGAGGUGUCUGACAGCGAUUCGUCGGCAGCUCAGGUGUACGUUAAGAGCUUCAGCGCCCAGAAGAUCAAGAACAAGAAAAAGGACAAGCAGAGCGACCGGCACUACUGCGUCGACUAUCUCUUCCCCAAGGACAACGCCCAGGAUACGGCGCCCCACAACGCCCGCGGCGUCGACACGGAAUUGAGAACGGCCCAGAUCGAGAUGAGAAUGGCGGAGAUGGAGGAGGCCUACCGCAUUCUCGGGCGCAUCAAUAGCGGCCGGGGGCAUGAGGUGGAAGCUACAAAUUUGAGGAGGAAGGGCAACGUCGCCUCCAGCUCCCAGGGCCUCACGGGGAUCAUGUGGGAGGACUGGAAGGGCAGGAUGUUUCUCGACAAUGUGACCGUCAUGGGCCAUUCGUUCGGCGGGGCAACGACGGUCGAGACCUUGCGAACGGAAUCGUUCGCCUGGGUCGGCCAGGGCAUCAUCCUCGACGCUUGGGGCCCUGCCACGCCUCGGGCCGGAGACGACGCCCGACACCGCGUCAGAAAGCCACUCCUGUCGAUCGGAUCCGAAGCCUUUAUGCACUGGCAGGACAACUUUGAUAGGCUCGUCGACAUCUGCAACGAGGCGAGGGCGGAAGACGCCCCUGCCUGGAUGAUGACUAUUCGUGGAUCGACGCAUCUCUCGCAGACCGACUUCGCCAUCCUGUAUUCGACAUGGACAGACCUGUUGAUGAAGACGCUGGUCAACCCCCUUAGGGCCAUCUACCUCACGAUCUCGCCGUCGCUCGAGUUCCUCAAGAUGACGUUGCCGCCGGAGCAGACAAAGUACAACACGUGGGCCGACGAGAAGAUUCUCAAAACGACCAAGUCGCCUUCAGAACCGCUCGCCGUGGUGACGCACGAUCACCGCCCUGACGAUCGAUGGAUCGCCGUCCGUCUCAGAGUGGACAACGAGGCUACCCUAAGGGCGAAGGGCUGGCUCCAGCACACGCGCCGAGUAUUGCUCAGGAAGGGGGAAGGAUCAGGCAUGCCGCCGUCGGGGCUGAUCAACUGGGGCGAGGGCAACGAGGUUUGGAUGCAUGUGAGCCCGGCCCGUGAGUCCGUGGAGAAACGUAUGCGGCAGAACGAGAAAAGGACGAGCAGAAGCUAGGUUUGCUGGCUUGAUGCGCAAUACGGCAGGUGUGCUUUCGAAAUAUUACCACGGCAUGAUGGUCAGGCAGCGGGCGGUUAUUGUACCUGUUGGCUUUUAAGAGAGGGUCUGGGCGGACCCACCACACCCACGGGUCUGGAAGAUGCUUCCAGCAUACAUGGCGUUCUUGGUGUAAAUCGAUAGAAAAAAUGUCUAAGUAGGCGAAUAUAACCUCCU